AUGCCUUCCCCGUCGUCGUCGCCGUCGCCGCCCUUCCCCGUCGUCGUCGCCGUCGCCGCCCUUCCCCGUCGUCGUCGCCGUCGCCGCCCUUCCCCGUCGUCGUCGCCGUCGCCGCCCUUCCCCGUCGUCGUCGCCGUCGCCGCCCUUCCCCGUCGUCGUCGCCGUCGCCGCCCUUCCCCGUCGUCGUCGCCGUCGCCGCCCUUCCCCGUCGUCGUCGCCGUCGCCGCCCUUCCCCGUCGUCGUCGCCGUCGCCGCCCUUCCCCGUCGUCGUCGCCGUCGCCGCCCUUCCCCGUCGUCGUCGCCGUCGCCGCCCUUCCCCGUCGUCGUCGCCGUCGCCGCCCUUCCCCGUCGUCGUCGCCGUCGCCGCCCUUCCCCGUCGUCGUCGCCGUCGCCGCCCUUCCCCGUCGUCGUCGCCGUCGCCGCCCUUCCCCGUCGUCGUCGCCGUCGCCGCCCUUCCCCGUCGCUGAUCAUCGUCCUCUCUGA